GGAUGCGAUUGCCGUAUCGUAAUAAAAAGGUCACCCUGUGGGUGCUCUUUGGCAUCAUUGUCAUCACGAUGUUCCUAUUCAAAUUUACCGAACUGCGCCCCACCUGCCUCUUCAGGGUGGAUGCCACCACCAAUGAGCUGUCCUCCCAAAUGGUUCGCGUUGAGAAAUACGUCACGGAUAACAAUCAACGCGUUUAUUCAUAUAACCGGGAGAUGCCUUUAAUAUUUAUAGGCGGCGUGCCCAGGUCUGGUACGACGCUGAUGCGCGCCAUGCUGGAUGCUCAUCCUGAUGUGCGCUGCGGGCAGGAAACGCGCGUCAUUCCACGCAUCCUGCAAUUGCGCUCGCACUGGCUAAAGUCCGAGAAGGAGUCGCUACGGCUGCAGGAGGCCGGCAUCACCAAAGAGGUCAUGAACAGUGCCAUAGCGCAGUUCUGUCUGGAAAUCAUUGCUAAGCAUGGCGAGCCGGCGCCCCGUUUAUGUAACAAGGAUCCGCUGACGCUGAAAAUGGGCUCCUAUGUCAUCGAGCUCUUUCCGAACGCUAAAUUCCUGUUCAUGGUGCGCGACGGCCGGGCGACAGUUCAUUCGAUUAUAUCGCGCAAGGUGACAAUCACCGGUUUCGAUUUGAGCAGCUACCGCCAGUGUAUGCAGAAAUGGAAUCACGCCAUUGAGGUGAUGCACGAACAGUGCCGGGAUAUCGGCAAGGACCGUUGCAUGAUGGUGUACUAUGAACAGCUGGUGCUGCACCCAGAGGAGUGGAUGCGCAAGAUCCUGCAGUUCUUGGAUGUGCCAUGGAACGAUGCAGUUCUGCAUCACGAGGAGUUCAUCAACAAGCCCAAUGGGGUGCCACUCUCCAAAGUGGAACGUUCAUCGGAUCAGGUUAUCAAGCCGGUGAAUCUGGAGGCGCUGUCCAAAUGGGUGGGCCAGAUACCGGGCGAUGUGGUGCGCGAUAUGGCCGAUAUAGCGCCCAUGCUGUCCGUGCUCGGCUAUGAUCCGUAUGCGAAUCCGCCGGACUAUGGUAAGCCAGAUGCAUGGGUGCAGGACAACACGUCGAAGGUCAAGGCCAAUCGAAGACUGUGGGAAAAUAAGGCCAAGCAAGUGCUCCAAAUGAAUCCCAGGUCGAGUGAGGACACCGAUAACGACAACCCCAACAAUAUAAUAAACACUAGCAACAACAACAAUAACAACAACAAUAAUAAUAAUAAUAUUGAUAUGAACGAUAAUAAUCUUUACAAUAUCAAUAAAAUUAUACCAGUAGAAGAACAAGAACAGCAGCAGCAGAGUCAUCAGCAUCAACUGCAGAGACACCACCAGGAGCAUCAGCAACAGCAACAGCAUCGGCAGCAGCAUCAGCAUCAAGAAAAAGAAUUCAUUCGGGAAGAGGAACAGGAACAGGAACCGGAAGAAGAACAACAAUUGUUGCAUCAAAAGCCAAAGGAUGUCAUUACGAUAAAGCAGCUGCCAUUACAGUUCAGUGGCAACAUCAACAGCAACAACAACAACAAUAAAAACAACAACCACAACCAGAAUGGCCCACUGGCGGAUACAUGAUAUCCGCAUAUACCCAUAAGACUGCCACGUGGCAAGCACUGAAAGAACGCGGAAACUUUGAUAAUGAUUAUGAUAACAGUGACAGAUGUUAAUGUAGAUGAUGAUAAUGAUGUAGGAUGAUGAUGUGGUGCGCACAGACACCCUAACACACAGACACACACAUGCACACCAAUUUUUAAUUGUAUUAGCUAUAAAGCAUAUAAGAUUACAUAUGGAUAUGCAUAUGUGGUGUAUAUGCAUGUGUGAUGUACAUGUACGUACAUACACUAAUGCUUUUUAAUGUUACCAAAAAUGAAUGUAACAAAAAAAAAACAGACACAACAGACAACAUUUUAGCCCCCCGCAGAGUGCGUUUCAUGACAACGAGCAAGCGAAAACAAUAGCAUAGACAUUGGAACAGAUUAUCCCAUAAACAUACAAACAUAUAUGAUAAAUGUAAUCACAUUGUACUCUAUGGAAUAACACGGGAUUUAAUCUAUUCCAUAAUUCGCUAUGGCAACAUCUCCUACGUAUGUGUUUAUUUACGAUAACACCAUUCCCACAACUCUAUUCAGUAAUUGUCUUAAUAAGAUGAGUGAUAUUAUGAUUUAGUUUCACUUUUACGAUUACAGGCCAGGUUUAAACUAACUUAAUUUAAAGCAAAGACUCCAUUGGACAACAGACUUAAUAUGUAUAAACUUAAACCACUUCCAUACAACCACUAAAACCACUUUUAAGGCGAUUUGUGGCCACUCUUAUGUCAUGAAACGCACUGUCUGUAUAUUAUAUCUACUCGGUCAUAUAUCUAUAUGUGUAUAUGUGUAUGAACAAUCUUUAAGUUGCAAAAGACCACCAAAAUAAGCUGAAUAAGUGCAAGCAAAAGCUGGACCUUCACCGACCUCCACUAUAAUAAUUUAUAACAAAUCUUUCAAUUUAGUUUAGUAAAAAUAUUUUGUACGCAUGUUUUUUGAGAGACUUUUAAUUAGAUGGCCCGCUUUUUUUUUAAUAUUUUUAAUUGUGUAUAUACGAGUAAAUUAUGAAAUAAUUCGAUUAUAUAUGCUUUCCCCCGAAGCGUUUCGGAUCGAAAGAAUCUCUUCCGGUGGCCGGACUUUGCCCGAAAUUCGUCUAUGUGCUAAGGCAUAACAUAUUAUAACAUCUAUAUAUAGAUGUAUACAUAAAUAUAUAUAAAAAAUAGGCACUGUUUAUACGUUUGUAUGAUGAAGAGCAAAACAAAAACAACAAUUAUCUAGAAAUGUUAAAUUUUUAAUGAAUGAGCUUUUAAAAUGUUUUAAUUAAUCAGACGAAAUAUGAGUAAUAAUAAUACAUCAAAUAUUUUCUGCUGAUGGGUAGGGAGGGGGUAACAAACAUGACGUGAAUACAAAUAUAUGUAACUAGGCAUUUUUUUAACGUUUUUUUUUUUUGUUGCAAUAAAUUGACUGAAUGUAAAGAAAAUAAAUUGAAUAAAUCAAUAUAAAUAUUUAAUUAUACAAUAUAUUAUAUAAUAUAUAAAUGGAUGUAUCUAUGUAAAACUUAAUGUCUAAAUGUAAAUGCGAGUUGUAAUAGAUUUUAUGUACGUAUGUAUGUAUUGUAUGCCAUUGUAUGCCACGAAAAAGAGAGGAUCUUAGACCUCGAGUGGUGUUAGGCUUAGAACCGUUCAACUGCUGUCUUGGUAGGUACCUGGAGGACUCCACUCCAUCUCAGAUUCCACUGCCUGGAUGGACGGCAAAUCGAACCAGAUAGAGCGAGAGGCAACUAACUUAUGAUAGGCGACUGCUUGAUGGUACUGUACUUACAGCAUACAGCUUAAGAAUAGUUAAAAGGGGACAUAGGAACACAGCCUUCGUACAGUGUAGUUU